GCGCGGGCUCCGCCCCCGGCCACGUGAGCGGCGGGCACGUGACGGCGCUGAGGGGCCGCGGCCGUGAUGGCGACUUACGUGAGCGAGCUGGAGGCGGCCAAGAAGAGCCUGAGCGAGGCGCUGGGCGAGAACGUGAAGCAGUACUGGGCCAACCUGAAGCUCUGGUUCAAGCAAAAGAUCAGUAAGGAGGAGUUUGACCUGGAAGCUCGCAGGCUUCUCACGCAGGACAAUGUCCACUCUCACAAUGAUUUCCUCCUGGCUAUUCUCACCCGAUGCCAGAUCUUGGUCUCUGCCCCAGAAGGUGCUGGAUCUCUGCCGUGGCCAGGUGGCUCUGCAACUAAACCUGGAAAACCCAAAGGGAAGAAAAAGAUUUCUUCGGUUCGCCAAAAGUUUGAUCACCGGUUCCAGCCUCAGAACCCACUGUCAGGAGCCCAGCAGUUUGUGGCAAAGGAUCCUCAGGAGGAUGAUGAUUUGAAGCUGUGCUCUCACACCAUGAUGCUCCCAACACGUGGCCAGCUGGAAGGAAGGAUGAUUGUCACUGCCUAUGAGCAUGGGCUGGACAAUGUCACCGAGGAGGCAGUGACAGCAGUUGUUUAUGCGGUGGAGAACCACCUUAAGGACAUCCUGACCUCUGUGAUAUCCAGGAGGAAAGCCUAUCGUCUGAGGGAUGGCCAUUUCAAGUAUGCCUUUGGCAGCAAUGUCAACCCUCAGCCAUAUCUGAAGAACAGUGUUGUUGCUUACAACAACUUAAUUGAGUGCCCCCCCAGCGGCGCGACGCCCUCGGCAGGUCAGAGCCUGGCCCCUCCACCCGCUCCUGACGAUGCUGAGCAGCAGGCAGCCCUGCUCCUGGCCUGCUCUGGGGACACCCUGCCAGCAUCCCUGCCUCCAGUCAACAUGUACGACCUCUUUGAGGCACUGCAGGUGCACAAAGAAGUGAUCCCUGCACACACAGUCUAUGCUCUCAACAUUGAGAGGAUUGUCAUGAAGCUCUGGCACCCAAACCACGAGGAGCUGCAGCAGGACAAGAUCCAUCGGCAGCGCCUGGCGACGAAGGAGGGCCUCCUGCUCUGCUAGAGCUGCAGCUGGCAGCCCUGCCAGCCCUCAGGUGCCUCCAGCCUGCUCCUGGGACUUGUCAUUCCAAACCUGUGUCAGCAUCUCCAGGAUGAUGUGAUUUAUGAGUCAGCUUUUCCUAUGGAAAUGGGACUGAGUUGUGGGACACUUCCUCUGCUUCCCCAGAGUCACGUGCCGUGUGGAGUACUCUCAGCAAUGCCACUGAGUUGGAAGAAAAACAAGGACUGGCAUUUUUAGGAAAAAUAAAUGUGAGAGUGAAG